UCUCAUUUAAAAUUGCAGGGUAGUGCUGUACUUAUUCCACGGCCGAAUCCGUUACCCGACCGCCUUAGCCAUGGCUCUCUCGAUGUGCACUCGCGUUGUGGUUCGCACCGCGCUGUCUCGCAGCUUGCAUACUAGCUGUGCAUUGAAGAAGGACUACACUCUCAAUGACCCCUUCGAACAUGCCACCGGUCGUGAAAAGCUGAUUCUCCAGGCAGAGCGUGAAGGAAAUCCCGAUCCCUUCAACACGAAACCGAUCAAGCGUGGCAAGGGCACCAAAGAUGAGCCGACGAAGGUGCCCUCGUUUCUUGAGAAGCGAAUUGUCGGAUGCGUAUGCGACGAUGAAUCAAUGCAUGUGAAUUGGAUGUGGUUGGAGAAGGGACACGACCGUCGUUGCGCAUGUGGCUAUUGGUUCCAGCUUACAGACGCUAAGCCACUGCCGGACUGUGCAGAAUUCAAAGCGAUUCCCAUUGGAGGCGAUCAUCAUCAUCACUGAUUCUUCGUUUCACUGUCUUUAGCUUGAUUCCGUACUGUCGAUAAUUGGCCUGUGCUGUCGCCGCCGAAAAGAGCGACUUUCAAAUGUAGGAAAGUUUAUUCAUCGUCAGUCUUGUGUGCAAUUGGACGAGCGUUACUGUGGGCUCUAGAACUUUCAACCAAGGGCGGAAUAAAUUUCGUGUUGUUUCGCCGGA